AUAUUGCUAAAUGGGUGAAAAUCGACUGGAUGAAAUUUUUUAUGUAAAUAUCUGCUUGUAAUUCGAGUGAUUCGGGUUAAGCUUAGCCUAGAAGCUAGAAUUCAUUCCGUUUAUUUCAAAAGUGAAACAAGGUAAGGAACAAAGUGAACAGCGAAAGCAAAGUAAAGCUUGGGAUUCGUGGUUGUCGCCAUGGACGAACCCUCGCCGACCAUCGACCCUCUGACGAAUCAAUUCGGAUCUCUGAACGACCUAUCCCACGAGCUGGCUUCUCUUCAAGACCUUGCCAUGCGCGGCUCCUGGCGUUCCAUUCUCGAUAAAGUUUCUAGAGCCCGUUCCCUUGACCUCCUAACCAAACCCGACGACCACCUCAUCUACCUUUCCUACAACGUCCUGGCUCUCACCAAGCUCCGCCGCUUCUCCGACGCCUCCAACGAGCUUGACUCUCUCCACGACUUCAACAGCCACCAUUACAAAUAUGAAACCUACCCUAAGCUUUAUCACACCCGCUCCGGUUCUAUGGUCCCCUUCUCCCUCCGCUUCAUCCACGCCCAACUCCCCUUCAAGCUUGGGAAUCGCCAAGAAGGGUUAGAUCGCUUUUAUCUUUUGCUUAACUUUAUUCGUCAGAAAAUUAAAGAUAAGGGAAUUCAUAGUUUGCAGGAGUCUGUCAAUUUGGAGAAUGUCAAAAUUUGGAGAAAAAGGGAAGUUUUUGUUUUACAUUGUUUAAUUGGGCAUCAUUUGGGGGCUAAGGAAUUCAAUGUAUGUCUAGAUUUGAUUAGGCAUUUGAUCAAUCAUGACUAUUUAGACCCGGUUUUAGUUUCCAAAUUAGGGUAUAUUCAGAUGCAGAUCGGAGAUUUUGAAGGGGCAAAAGGAUCAUUCCACCGUGUUGAGACAAUGUUAAAUGAAAGGAAGAAUGAUGAUUCUUCAGCUUUGAGUGAGGUUGAGUUCAGAAAUCUUGUGAAUAGAAGCAAGGCCUUGGUUUUUUUAGUAGGCAAAGAUUAUGUUUCUGCAGUGAGGGAAUACGAGGAGUGUAUGGAAAGGGAUCCCGCAGAUGUUGUGGCUGUUAAUAAUAAGGCGCUUUGUUUGAUGUAUUUGAGAGAUUUGUCAGAUUCAAUUAAGGUAUUGGAGAAUUCACUCGAAAGAGUACCUACUGUGGCAUUGAAUGAGACUUUGGUGGUCAAUUUGUGUAGUAUGUAUGAGUUGGCAUAUGUUAAUCACUCAGAGAUUAAGAGGACUUUGAGUAAUUGGAUUGCUCGAGUUGCUCCUGAUGAUUUUGACGCAUCCUGUACCAGGGUUUGAGAUUUUGACGAGUAAAGAUGCAGAGAGUUGAUUCAAAACAGGGCUUGCGAGGUUCAACUUAUGGUGCCGGCCAAACCUAUAGAAUUCAUUCUCAAGUUUACUACCUCUUUUACGGUUUCCAUUUCUUUUACGGGAAGGAGAAUACAUGCAGUGGUUUUAUUAAAAUUUUAGAUUUUGUAACUUUCCCAUGGAACGAUGUGAGAUGGAGCUUUGUCUAAUCCAUGAACGUCGGAUGGCUUUUAGAAAAUAGAAUGUGAAAAUCAUGAAUAUUUGUGCUGUUGCUAGAACUGAUCCUCAUUCGGGAGAAAGCCCUGGUGUAAUGUACCUGACAAUAAGUACAUGUGUAUUGUGGUUCAAUUUUUGGAGUUCUUUAAUGUUUACCAUUUAGCAUAAUUAUAUAUUUAGUUUUUAAUCUUUA